CCGCAGCCGGCCACGGGACCCGCGCCUGGGGCGCCACAGCCACGGGUCCACGUGGACCCCGGGCCGCGGCGGGACGGGAACCCGCCCCGCGUCUGGGGGAGGGGCGCUGCUGCGGGUUCCCUUUUUGUGCAGCUCGCAGGCCAGGGAGCGAUUGCCUCAAGGCGGGGGCGGAAGGACCCAGGCUGCCCCGGGGGGGAGCGGCCCCACCCGGUCUUACCGCGAGUCGGGCGGGAGGCGCUGCGCUCCCGGCGGUGACGGCCGCCCUCGGGACCGCUGCAGGGGACCUUGGCCGCCCAGCCGGAGCGCAGCCGCCGCUGCGGGGCACGCCCCUUCAGUCUCCAGGGUGGGGCCACUCAAACCGGGCCCCCGCCGCCCCCAGCCCUUCUGGGGUCGUGGCCCCCAGGCUGUGGUGAGGGCCUCGGAGCUGGUGUCUCGGAGCCCGGGCAGCCGGUGUCCUCCACCCAUGCCCACCCCACAUGAGGCUGAGAAGCAGCACACCGGGCCUGAGGAGGCAGCGCAGCCUCCGUCCAUGUCUGUCCGCGAUGGGGCCUCCGCAGUGGCCCCUAGCCGCAACCCCUGCUGCCUGUGCUGGUGCUGCUGCUGUAGCUGUUCCUGGAACCAGCAGCGGCGGCGAGCCUGGCAGGCCUCCCGGGAGAGCAAGCUGCAGCCCCUGCCCAGCUGUGAGGCAUGUGCUGCCCCAAGCCCAGAGGAGGUGCAGAGCUGGGCACAGUCCUUCGACAAGCUGAUGAACAGCCCGGCUGGCCGCAGCGUGUUCCGUGCCUUCCUGCGCACCGAGUACAGCGAGGAGAACAUGCUGUUCUGGCUGGCCUGUGAGGAGCUCAAGGCCGAAGCCGAGCAGCACGUGGUGGACGAGAAGGCACGGCUCAUCUAUGCCGACUACGUCUCCAUCUUGUCUCCAAAGGAGGUAAGCCUGGACUCGCGGGUACGUGAGGGCAUCAACAAGCGGAUGCAGGAGCCAUCGGCCCACACCUUCGACGACGCCCAGUUGCAGAUCUAUCGGCUCAUGCACCGGGACUCUUACCCCCGUUUCCUCAGCUCCCCCACCUACCGCGCUCUGCUGCUGCGUGGAGCCCCCCAGCCCUCCUCUGAGGCCUAGGCCACCACACUGUGCACACACUGGGCCCUGCAGACCCAGCCCUGGAACCCCUACCCAGGGCUCCUGUGCAGUGAGGAGGGUUGGCUGCUGCUGGACAGCCAGCCCUCGCCUCAGCUAGUAUGACCCACUGCCCCCGGAGCCUACACUGGGACUUGGUGUCUGGCGUACAUGAACUUUAAACCCAAAGGCACAGCCUUACUGUUGGUCGGGAACAAGGAGACAUCUUGAUCUUUACUUCUGCCUCUGCCCACCAUAAUCAGAUCACAUCACCGAAAGCA